AUGACAAAAAAAGGUAGUUCUAAUAGUAGUAAACAACAGCAACAGCAACAGCAAAUAAUAAUUAACAAUAAUGCAAAAGUUGACGAACCAAUAAUAAAAAUUAAUGUAAAUGUUCACCCAAAUUCCAAAGAAUCAUCAAUAGUAUCAUUUGAAGAUCAAAUAUUAUCACUAAGAAUCUCUGAACCACCAAUAGAUGGUAAAGCAAAUAUUGGAGUUAUAGAAUUCCUUUCAAAAGAAUUAAAUAUUAGAAAGAGUAAUAUUGAAGUUGGUAAAGGUUCAAAGUCUAGAAAUAAAUCUGUAGAAAUUGAUAUUUCAAGUGAAAAUAUAACAAAAGAUGAAUUAUUUGAAAGAAUUAAAAGUAAAUUAAAUAAUUGA